UAGCAAGAUCUAUAGCAUGUUAGAUCAGCUGAUUCAUCUUUAUUGAUUGCGCGAAAGAGUAAAUAUAAAACAACUGUACAAUUGUUAAGCAGCAAUGUGAUUUAUUACUGUUGGAUAUUUGGAUCCAGCAAAUUAAUCAGAUAAACAACUUCAAACAUGCUCACAAUUAAUAGAAUCUGACAAGAAAUUGAUAAAUCAUCCAUAAUAAAAAUAACAGAGAUGAAGCGAAUGCAAAAUUCUGUGAAACAUAACCCAGUGCAAGAAGCAGUGGACGUAACACAUGAAGAGGAAGAAAAGAAAAAUGUGAAUUUGGAAAUUCAAGAUGAUGUUGAAGAAACAGCUCAACAACCGCUUUAUCAAAUUCGACCACAUCUUCAUGAAAAGUUCAAACCUCUAAUUGCAAAAGAAAUAAUACAUGAUGUACUGUUUGAGCAACUCACUACGAAAUCAUAUGACGCUCACGCAGCUGCCCAAUGGACCAAAGAUAUAGCGGAUAUUAUUGAAAGAAAAAUUAAAAACUUACAUUUUAAGAGAUAUAAAUAUAUCGUCAAUGUGGUUUUGGGACAACAACAUGGUGCUGGUGUAAAAAUAGGUACAAGAUGUAUUUGGGAUGCAGAAGCUGAUACAUAUGCCUAUGACAAUUUUAUUAAUGAUACUAUAUUUUGUGUGGCUAUAGUAUAUGCAGUUUAUUUUUAUUAAAAGAUUUAAUUUCUGGAAGUAUAAAAUGUAUAAUGGACGAAUCCCAUGAAUGGAAAGUUAUUGUUAAGAAACUUUUCAAUGAAUUUAUUAAAGUACAACUUAUUAUUACCAUACAUUGAUACAUAUACAAUAUAAUGUUAUAUGUCACGGUAUGACACAAUUUUUA